AUGGCGAUUCGACUGAGUCGUAAGCAGCGUUUAAUCGCGACAAUUGCCAUUUCGUUUUCGUUUUUCGUGGCCGAGCUUAUUGCCGGGUUUUAUACACACUCUCUUGCGCUGAUCGCCGAUGCGUUCCAUUAUCUGAGCGACUUGAUUGGAUUCGUAGUUGCUUUGGUCGCCGUCAUAAUAUCUGAGCAUCCAACCCCGCCACCACAAGAAUUAACAUUUGGAUGGGCUCGUGCAACUCUUUUGGGCGCUUUUUUCAAUGGCGUAUUCCUUUUGGCGCUCGGCGUUAGUAUCCUCGUUCAGGCUAUUGAACGGUUUGUCAAUGUGACAGUCGUCGAUCAACCCAAGAUCGUUUUGAUCAUUGGAAGCGUUGGUUUGGGGCUAAACUUGCUGGUGUUGUCCUUUCUUCACGGUAAACUCAACCCCAAAUCAUCUUCAUGGCUGUGCGGGAAGCUGACAUGUGGCCUUUCAGAACACGAUCACGAUCACGGCCACAGUCAUGAACACGGUCAUGAACACGACGCGCACGAACACGAUCUCGAUCUUGAUCGUAAUAGCGGCCAUAGGCAAGAAACGCUGCGCGAAGAGGACGCUGCCACCAAGACAAACAAUGGAACAGCGCUUGAACCAGAGGCGCGAUCAGUAUCGACGUUUAGUGGCCACUAUGAGCACAGACAUGUGUCGGUCGCACCAUCCCGCCCUGGUAGAGACUUGGGCAUGUUUGGCGUCUUCGUCCAUGUAGUUGGUGAUGCCAUCAAUAACAUCGGAGUCAUAGCAUCAGCUCUCAUCAUAUGGAAAGCCCAUGGAGAAGCGAGAUUCUAUGCCGAUCCUGCAAUUGGCGUUUUCAUCUCUGUCAUGAUUUUCUUGACCGCUUGGCCAUUGACGAGGAACAGCGGCCGCAUCCUGCUGCAAACUGCUCCUAGCGAAAUAGUCCCUGAUGAUAUCAAGCACGAUAUCGAAAUGAUCCCUGGUAUCGAGUCUGUUCACGAACUUCAUAUCUGGCGACUGGACCAGCGCAAGUCUAUUGCGACUGCCCAUGUCGUCGUUGAUGGUAGAACCGUCAAAAGUUUCGCAGACAAGGCCAAGGUAAUCAUGGAAUGCCUUCACGCGUACGGCAUCCACUCGGCAACACUGCAGCCAGAGGUCCGUCCAGACCGCAGCGAGCCAGAAUCUUUGAGCACGUCGGUAUCUGUGGGCUCAGAUGCUGGAGCGCCGACGCGGAGACGCCCAGAUAACGGCUCGAAUUGUCACAUGCUGCUUCCUAAGCCGCCGGCAUUACCGGUUCAAGAGCAUGAUUUGUGGUAUGUGAAAAGAGCCGCAAGCUCCAUCUUCAAUAGUAUAAGGUGGAACAGAUUGAGAGAGUAG